AUGCAGCCACCGAGCUACCUCAGCCGUCCGUGUGGAGCAGAGGGCGCCAUCAGGAGCGCCAUCGGGAGCGCCAUCGGGAGCGCCAUCGGGAGCGUCAUCGGGAGCGCCUUCAGGAGCGCCAUCAGGAGCGCCUUCAGGAGCGCCUUCAGGAGCGCCUUCAGGAGCGCCCAGCGGAGCGCCCAGCGGAGCAGAUGCUGGGGGUUGGAAAUCCUGAUGCACACCAAAGACAUGGUUCAGAAGAUGAAUCUGGAAGUUAUUUAUGGAGAUACAGACUCCAUCAUGAUCAACACGAACAGCAAAUCUCUUGAGGAAGUCUUCAAACUAGGGAACAAGGUGAAAGCAGAAGUAAACAAGUUGUACAAACUGCUAGAGAUAGACAUCGAUGGCGUGUUCAAGUCGCUUUUACUGCUGAAGAAAAAGAAAUAUGCUGCUCUGGUGGUGGAGCAACACGGCGAAGGACAGUACAGCGUGAAGCAGGAGCUCAAAGGCCUGGACAUCGUCCGCAGGGACUGGUGCGAUCUGGCCAAGGAUUGUGGCAACUAUGUGAUCGGUCAGAUCUUGUCCGACCAGAGUCGUGACGUCAUCGUGGAGAACAUCCAGAAACACCUGAUUGAGGUUGGAGAGAAGGUCGCCGGUGGAGACGUCCCCCUCAGCCAGUAUGAGAUACACAAGGCACUAACUAAAGACCCUCAGGACUACCCGGAUAAGAAGACUCUCCCUCAUGUCCACGUUGCUCUGUGGAUAAACUCUCAGGGAGGUCAUGGAGUCAAAGCUGGAGACACGGUCUCUUACAUCAUCUGCAAGGAUGGCUCCACGUUGGCAGCCAGUCAGAGAGCCUACGCUCUGGAGCAGCUUCAGAAGCAGGAGGGUCUCAGUGUGGACACGCAGUACUACCUGGCCCAGCAGGUCCACCCAGUAGUUUCUCGCAUCUGUGACCCGAUUGAGGGGAUUGACGGUGUGCUCAUAGCUACCUGGCUUGGUCUGGACCCGAGUCACUUCAGAUCCCAACAACAGCAUCAGAGGGAGGAGGAGGCCGACGGCAUGCUGGGAGGACCGGUGCAGCUCACGGACGAGGAGCGUUAUAAAGACUGUGAGAGGUUCACGUUCACCUGCCCGCAGUGUUCCACGGACAACACCUACGAUAGCGUCUUCCAAGGAGCGACACCCACGUACACACUCAUCUCCUACCAUGUGUCAGGCCAAGGUCCUGUGUUGGAGUGUUAUCGGCCUCUAAUGAGGAGCAGGCGCGCAGCUUUUUCUCGUCUGGAGGAUGCUAAUAAAACUGACAAGCUCUGUCCUCGAUAG